AUGAGGACCGCAGCCACCCUCGCCCUCGUCGCCUCACUCUCCCUUCUCCCCUCUGCUCUCGCUUCCGACGAGGCUGCAGGCAUCGCCAUCCCGUUGCAGAAGCGCAACGCCGACGACGAGUCUCGCCAAUUGACCAAGCGGGACGACACCGUUGACUGGAGUGUCCUCGAGUCCCAUGUAGCUUCCGCCAAGGCCAAGUACAAGGCGACCGCCGACAUCUUCGAGCGCAUCCACGGCCACCGCCCCCUCCAAAGUGGCCCGAGCAAGAGGGACCUCGCCGCCGCCGAGGAGAAGCCGUUCUAUGGCUUCCGUGGCUCGAACCCGAUCGGCCGCUCUUCUAUCAGCCGCGUCCUCUUCAAGGACCGCACCAAGACCAGCUCGGCGUCGGCGACCAAGACCAGCUCGUCCGCGACUGUAUCGUCGACGCCGGUCUCCAUGGCGACGGCCGCUUCCGAGUCUCUCACCUCGUACAGCGACUCACUUUGGGCAGGCUCGCUCAGCAUCGGCACCCCGGCGCAGAACUUUGUCUGCGACUUUGACACCGGCUCGGCAGACUUGUGGAUGCCGUCGAGCCAGUGCACCUCGUCCGCCUGCUCCGGCAAGCACAAGUACGACGCGUCCGCCUCGUCGUCGUCGGUUCCCGUGACGAGCAAGACGUUCUCGGUCUCGUACGGCGAUGGCUCGUCUUCGUCGGGCCCGGUCUACCAGGACACCGUUACCGUUGCUGGACUCGUCGCGACCGGCCAGACCUUCGGCGCCGCCACCACCCUCUCUUCGUCGUUCGCCAACGACCCCGAAGACGGCCUCGCCGGCCUCGCCUUCCCCUCCAUCUCGGACCUCCAGUCGCCGACCCUCUUCCAGACGCUCUGGAAUGAGGGCAAGGUCGCCGCGAACCAGUUCUCCUUCCGCCUCUCGUCCGGCAACGCCGCUCCGUCUGAGCUCUACCUCGGCGGCAUGAACCCGGCGCACUACGUCGCCGGCACGACGCAGUGGGCUCCCGUUACUUCCCAGUCGUACUGGGUCGUUACGGGCGCAACGGCUGUCAACGGCAAGCCUGUCUCGGCGGUCAACAACUUCAACGCGAUCAUCGACACCGGCACGACCCUCAUCGUCAUUCCCACCGCCGCUGCUCAGUCGUUCUGGGCUGCCGUCCCGAACUCGGCGCCGUACUCGGGCGGCGGAGGCUACUACACCUUCCCCUGCGCCUCGCCUCCCUCGAUCACCUUCUCGUUCGGCGGCUCGACCAAGGCGUGGCCGCUCCAGUACCUCAACCUCGGUCGCGUCAGCUCCGGCAGCACCCUCUGCGUUGGGUCGAUCGUCGGCCAGGAUGUCGGCGUCAACGCCUGGAUCGUCGGCGACUCGUUCCUCAAGUCGUCGGUCUACACCACCUUCGACAUGUCGAGCCCUCCCCGCGUCGGUUUCUCGCAGGCGCAGUAA